GUUGGGGAAUUAUGCGGUGGUGACCCAUUUGAGUAUAUGAAGUCUGGCUUAUUUUAAAAGCUUCUGUUACGGCUGAAUACCGAACUCGGAAGCAACCUUGUAUAUGUGCAGACUGUAUUUACCAGCUGGUUUCCAUUUUAGAAUCAAUUUUUUCUUUCCCCUUACAAAUUUUCCCUUAGAUAGCAGCCCAGUGCACAUUAUAUCCCAUUGAAGACAGUAGGACCAGGUUAUGAGUGUAGUACUUAGGUUUGCGCUGUGUAUGUAUAGGAGUUAAAAUUGAAUUUCACUCAGCCUUGCAGCCAUCAUAAUCUUUUAACACGUUUCAGGUUGUGGCCUGAGGUCUUGCAGAGAUGUUAGAUGUUUCCAUUAUGUGUUAAAAGGAGCCUGGAUAAUUGACAUCUGGUUGUGUAGAGCAAGCUUAAUGUAGUCAUAGUUGGAUAUUUUUUCUAGCAGCAGUCAGCUCAGAAAAAGCAGUGCUGAGAGAAUCCCAGCUCCUUGAAGCUGUUGUUGGGCAGUAUGUUGAGGACCAAAGCUGGCACAUGAAUGUUACUUUUGAUAUAAGUGACGUUAAGAAGGAAUGAUGGCAGCUCUGGAUGCUAAAGUAAAAGCAAAAAAAACUCUGGGAACUGUUGAUUAUGUGGAGUCAUCAGAAUUUGCUCAAGGAAUUCUGCCUACGAAGAAAGAUGUCAUUCAAAACAUGUUGUAUCUGUUGCAUCCGAAAAGGGCAGGGCAGGCCCAGCGAUCCAAAGAAGAUGCUGCCCAGUUGCUUGCUGAACUUUUGCAGGAACACUGGUUGUUUUGCAAUUUAUACACUAUAGCAACACAGAACAUAAAGAAACAUAUUCUUAAGGUGUAUGAGGAAUUUUCAAAGUUAUAUCAAUCCAGAAAGCGCAGAAAAAAUGAGCUGUUCAUACAGAAAGCAGACGACUUCAACAGGAGUUCAGAACAGCUUUUUGAUAUAUUUUGUACAGACACUGUAACAAGAGAGAAAUUGGAACAAUACAGUGGAGUUAAGAUGACAGAAGUUGAGUGGAAAUUUCUGGAAGAUCAGAGGAGUGAAAGAAAAAUGUACUUUGAGGACUUUGUGGACAAGAAACAAACAGAAACAAUAGAAAGACGAAGAAAGGUAGAAUCUCUGGAGCGUUUCAGGAAGAUUGCAGAGGAAGAGAGAGAAGCUUGUAAGCGUAAAGUAAUGGCUUCAGUUGAAGAGGAGAAGCCAGUUGAAGAUGUCAGUGAUAGGAAUAAAGAUGACUCUGGUCUUGAACAUAACAAAGGAAUUAGAGGCUUUUCCCAUAAGGCCAAAAGAAAACGCUUAUCUUCUGGCUGGAUUACAGGGACAGCAACUUCGACUAGCUAUAGCGAGUCAGUUACUCCUGAAUGUCAGCACAUACGUAUGAGUAUCAGAAAAGUCAGGCCAGGGUUUUAUGAGACUUUUGAUAAAUAUGCAAACUGCUAGCCCACAAUGAACUCCUCAAAGGAGUUUGUUUCUGUUGAAAUUUAUAGAAUUUUGGGAAGUCUUAAAAUAUCCUGGUUAAUUGGAAGUUGAUGUAGAUAAUUGUGUUGGGCUCCAUUAAUAUACAGCAACAACACCAAAGCAAUGGCAUCAGUAGAAACUGGCUUCUAGCUAAUUGGAAAAGGUUAAGAUGUGGUAUGUUCAUGCCUGCAUCAAUACCUUCACAAAGUGAAAGUUGCUUGAUUUUAAAAGGCUAUAGCUUAGCAAAGAAAGGCAGUAGAACCAAUGUUUGAAAGUUAAAAAAAUUCCACAUGCACAUGGAAAGGUUAAAUUACUUGACAAUAAUUUAACCUCUGGAACAGACUGCUUAGAGAAGAGAUGUGUUCUCCAUCAUGCACAGCUUUUGUUUUGAGCUGGACACUCCUAAUGUUUAAAUACUUUGCUGAAUUUUAGUAUAGAGACCUGAGACCGAAAUAUGAGGGAAAAUUACAUUCUCUUCAGGAAACACAUUAAAUAAUCUAUUGUUCAUUAAAAUCUUAGGCUCUCCCAAGACUGGAAAAAACAUGUACAAUUCAGAAAAAGUGACAACUAAUGAGAUGGCUACUAGAAGGAGAAUGUGGCUUUGGGGCUGUUUACAGUGCAGGACUUUUUGAGGUUCAGGGUAGACUGCUGACUAACCAUUAGAACUACUAAUAGUGCACCCUUAAUGGAAAAACAAUAAUUGGGCCGGUGUCCUAGAAAAUGCUUUAAUUUUCUGCUCCCCCCCAAAAAAAGGCCCUGUAACACUUUUCUGCUUUUAAGAACAAGCAUCUACAACUCACAGUAAAUUCAUUGGUACCUGGAAGGGGUUCUGCAUCUCUCAGGACUAAAUAUUUGCAGAGGAAGGAAUGCUUGGUGACAACCAGCUUUGAUAGAUAAAUUAGCAUCUGUGUGAAGAAAAGAAGGGUCAGGGAAUUUAAGCAAUGAUUAUAGGUAUAAAUAUGGUGACAACUUUCUGUAUUUUCUGCAUUCUUAGCAAUUAAAUAUCAUUGAUGGUGAAAAAUUCUGUAGAAAAGUAGACUUUGUAAUUGAAAAUAUUUGAAACUUGAUAAUGUAUAAUGCACUGAAAAUGACAUGGGGUGGAAUAUAUAAAAUAUUAUUUUGGAAGGUUUUAAGAAACUUUUAAAUUACGAAUAAAUGUGCUGUGAUAUUUGAAAUAGUGGGAGGACCUAGCAGUAGUACAGUAAUAUCAACUGGAUUGGAAGCAGGUUUUAAAGCCUUGAAAUUGUAAUUUUGUAUACAAUUGUCAUAUGGAUUACUUAUUUUCUUUCUAGUUCAAUGCUGAGCUAAACUCCUCUGUUGCUGAGUCUUCCCCCUGCCCCAGCAUUCAAGUUUAUUUCAUACUGUCUCGGAUUCAGCCAUGCCAAAUGUGGGGUGGCCUGCAUAUAUCCCCAUGCUGCAUGGCCCCAGGAUGACAUGGCAAAAAUGCAGACAUCCAUUUGUGCAACUGCUGUAAUCCUGUCUCAGAAAAAGGGUGGAAAGCUUCACCUGCCCAAAACAUACAAGACUGUGGAGACCAUAUUCUUGGUUAUACUGCUUUAUAGGCUGUACAGUACUUACGUAUUUGCAAACUGGGGCUGGUUUACAGACGCAUGUAUCAUCACUUGGUGGGUUUUAGCUGAAUAUGUGAAAUCAGACAAGCAGUGCAUUUGAGAGGGCAAUCAAAAGUGGAGGUCUGUAAGCUUCCAAAUUUGACAGAUUGUGGACUUCCUUUGCAGGGCAGGAGGAACAUGGAGGUGAUCUUUACCUUCCUGUUUCUGCAAGCAGUGCUAAGUGGCUGUUUUCGGCCAUCUAGCUGAAGCAUUUUGGACUGGGAGGGAAAGAAGUUGAAACUAUGGCAGGAUAUGUUAUAUCCUGGUGGGCCAGUAUCCUCCCCACCCUCCAGUGCCUUCUUAACCCUUUUCUUGAGGUCACAUUUAAAACCUUGGAGAAGCAGCUGACAUGGUUUUUUAUGUGUCAGCUGUUGGACUGGAAUUCAAGGUCAGAGCUGUUUUCUGACCUUGGAUCUGAAAAUCCAAAGCAUCCCAUGACUGUCUAGAUGCUUUCUAGGGGCCAUAGGAUCACUCUGCCUGUUAACAUUAGAUGAUAUAAAAAUUCUAUUUCCACUAACUAUUCUGAAUGCCUUUCAUACAUGUCUUCCUUUGAUGCUAUAAUCAGCAUUGAUUGAGGAUGGAUAUGUGAAGUGGCCUGCUGAAUUUAGUUUGCAAAAAAUUCUGCAUGCUCAGAUACAAUAACUUAGGCAUUAGUGCUAACAAAUUAGCAAAAUUUGCUAAUUUUGUUAUACUUUCUUCAGAAAUGCUUUAGUUUGACUUAUUUUAAAAAUUCACGAGGACCAAAUUUUCUUUCUUUGUGCAUCAUUAUUUGCACUUCAUUUCAGUUAAGCAACAGUGAUUUAUUGCUAUAUCUAUUUUUAAAUGCCAUUCCCAUGUAAAACCAUAUUUUAAAACUCACCAUGGGUGACAUUCCAAUAGGUAAACAUGCACAAGUUUGUAAAAUGUAAUAAUCAGUAGUGCAGGAAGUUACAUUGAUAUAAAAUACUAUAAGUAAGCAGGCUGUAAAUUUGUAAGUCCCAUUGAAAUUGUUUGGACAUAGGCAUUUUAUUUCAGAAAGAAUUCCCUUCAGAAAUCAUUGGUUCUUCAAUGCAAAAUAUGAAUCUCUUUUUACAUGAGCAAGAACAUAGGAAUCAGUCUUUAUACAUAGUAAGUUAACUGAUCUGUUUAAUUCAGUAUUGCCACCACUGGCUGGCAGCAGCACUCAUCUUUCUUAGCCUUACCCGGAAAUGCUUUUGAAUGACACUUAGGACCUUCUGUUUGCAAAGCAUGUGCUUAUAUAUUUUAAGGGGAUAUUAAAAUCUUGACAAAAUGCUAGAUUUAUUACUUUAUAAGGUGGUAUAAGCUAUAUAGCAUAAGGAGUAUGCCAUAUAGGAUGCGUAUAAUUAAAGUAUGGUUAAGCUAAUCCAGUAUGGCUUUUAUUCAGUCUAAAAGUUUGGAUGAUAAAGUAUCAAGGUCAAUUAUAAAAUUUUAACAGAGUGUAAGAGCCUUGCUGGAUCAGACUAAAGGCCUGUUUCCUACAGUGGCUAACCAGAUGCCUCUGAGAAGCCCACAGGCAGGUCAUGAAGGAAAUAAUUCUGUCCUGCAGCAAUUCCCUAGCAAAUUGAACAGAGCCUCUUAAUACUGGAGGUUCUAUAUAGCUAUCAUGACUGAUAGCCUUAUCCUCCAUGAAUUCAUUGGAUUCUGCUUUAAAGGUAUCCUGAAUUGGAGGUCAUUGCAUUUUGUGGAAAUGAAUUCCCUUAGUUGCAUUAUGUGCUGUGUGAAGUCUUUUAUUUGUCUGCCAUAUACUUCCCACUAUUCAGCUUUAUUGAAUAGCUCAGGUUCUAAUAUAUGAGAGGUAAGUGGGGUAGGGAUAGGGAUUGGUGAGAACAAGUCCAUUUGGGCUUUUUAUAGACCUCAAAGAUGUGGAGACUCUACUAGAAAUAAGAGAAACUGGCAGAGCUGAAGUCUUGAGGAUGUAAAUAGAGUGAAUGUAACGUUUGUGCUUAUUUUCUUACAUUUUAUGUGAAUCAACCAUUCUGAAGUAGUUCCCUGAAUGCCUGCCAGGUCUUGCUUCCCUUUCAACACCUCAUGACAAACAUUCAUGAAGGCCACAUAAAAGCAAACAAGAUCAAUAGACAGAAAUUGCCUUACCUAAGUUAAGGAGGGAGAUGGAUCAAUAGCAUUGGUCAAAAAUUAAUUUGGAAAGUUCAUAAUCGUAUCAAGUAUAUCUGAAACUAGAAAACAAUUCUCAAUGUUUCCUGAAAUAUUACCAUAUUUGGCUAUGCAUUCCUUAUUCUUCUGACUUCUGCCCACUCUGCAUCAGUUUCUAGCUCUGAUUCUGUCAUGUGAAUCCAGUCCAUCUAUUACUGCUGCUGUUUCCUGAUCAUUGUUUCAGAAUCAAUGUUGUAGAAAACUUUCGUCAGGCACUUCAAGGAGGAAAAUACUGUCAAGAUAGUAAGGAAGUCUUAUUCCGCAGAAUAUUAAUUGAUCUUUGAAGCAAUAAAACCACAUAAGUGUACUGACACUUUAUCAAGUGGCAGUGGCAAUAUGUAUUUGAUGUUCCAUUA